GUAGGCAAGCCUGUAAGGUAUUUUCUUAAUUCGUGAUCAAUAAGGGAAGACGCAGUCCAUCGUGGGGCCAUCUUUGGGCUAGUGAUCUUGGGUUCUAAAACAAAGCAGCUGAGAAAGCCAUGAGGAGUAAGCUAAUAAGCUGCACCCCUCCACGUCCUCUGCAUCAACUCUGGGGCAGGAUUCCUGCCCUGUUUGAUUUCCUGUCCUGACUUCCUUUGAUGAUGAGCAGUGAUGUGGAAAUGCAAGCCAAAUAAACUGUCUCCUCCCCAAGUUGCUUUGGUCAUGGUGUUCCUUCACAGGGACUGAAUCUAACUAAGUUGAAAGCAGCUUUUGGUAACAUUCAAGAUAUUUUAUAACUAUCAUUUAAUAUUUGUUAUAUACUAUAACUUUUUAGAUGGGGAAUUCACUUAAUAAAUCAAGAAUUAUUUCCAUUGCUUUCAGGAUUUUUGAAUGAGAAGACAAAAUCAGUAUUUUUCUAAAUGGCAAGAUGUAUAUAAUAAAUAUGAUUUCUCUUCUUACAUGAAGCAUACAUGGUUUUAAACAAACUAAAUUUUUAUUUGAAAAAUUAUAAUUAUCUAUUUAUUAUGUGUGUAUAUCUCUGUGUAUGAGCAUGGCAUGACUUUCAGUGGACAUCAGAGAGCAGCUUCAGUAGUCAGUUCUGUCCUACUGUGCAGAUCCUGGGAGUUGAACUCAUGUCCUCAGGCUUGAUGGCAAGGACCCUGACUCACUGAGCCAUCUUACUAGUCACCAAAGUUAUUGAUUUUUAUUUUUUAUGAACCUACAGUCAUAUCUAGUAGUAGAGCAAAUGAUAAAAACCUGAUAACCAAAUAUAAUGAAGGCACACUUUAUACCAGUACAUCAUAGAAAAUGCAUGAGAUAAAUUUACUGGAAAGAAUAAGCCAGGAAAUGAAACUUAAUUUCAUAGGAAGCCUGACCAAGACCCAAAGCAGUCUAGAGUGACAAGGGCUGUGGAGACUUUACCUAUGAGGGUAAAAAUAACUUCAAAGGAAGGACAGCUAAUUCUGUUUAUGUAAUCGGUUUAUAUUGCUCCACAGCUUGUUGGUAAAAGUAGCUUUGAGUACUUAGAGAAAAUAUCUUUAUCCGUCUGUGUUCCAAUUAAAAAAGUGUUAUUGCUUCUUUUUGGAAACUAGAGCCUUGGAGUAAUUUUGAGGUCUUCCGGGUGUCUACAGUCCCAGAAAGGGAAGAUUAGACGCUACAGUCGGUCAGAAGGCUGCACUGCUCCAUGACCAAGAAGACAAGCCAUGUUCUGAGGCACUGCCAGUUGGUAACCCCUCUACUGUUAAUAUCAUCAGAGAAUACAUAUCUCAAAUCUGUUCCCUAUGUUUUCAGAGCCACAGUGGCUCUGAAACCCAGCACAUCCUUUCCAGUCAAGUUAAUGUAUUCAUCCAUCCAUAAACAUUUAUAGAUGCCUGCUUUGGGCCAGGCAUGGUGCUAAGUGCUGCAAUGACGUUGUUCUCACUUCAACAUUGAGCAGGGAAGAUUCUUCAUGAGUUAUGAGAAUCUGUUUGCAAUUCUCCUGUGGGAUCCCCCGAGAAUACUAGGAGAUUAGAGGCCCCUCCAAUGAACACAAUAUCCUGCCAGUCCCUGCCAAGUGUGCCAUUUGUCAUUGACACAAUGACAGUCAUUUUACACAGUGGUAUUAACUAUGGAAACCAAGGAGACUACUGGGGGGAUGGGCAGCACUUUUCUCCAUGAGACUUUAUUUUCCCUGAUGUUAGAUCUGAUGCUGCGUGAGGAAAGCUGUUUCUUCUUACCUAGUAAUCCGGAACAGCGCCAUUUCCAUUCCAUGCAUGGGCAAUGCUGGAGAAAGGAAAGAGUGUUUAUUUGGCCUGUGACACUGGUCACUAGAAAACCCAGAUAGCAUUGUUACACCAUCUGGAGGGGGGGUGGUCAUCCUGGCUGGGUAGCCAGGUGUGUGUGUGUGUGUGUGUGUGUGUCUGUCUGUCUCUGUAUGUGUGUAUAAAAUAAAAGUAAAGAAUUAGGGAGAACAUAGUUUACUCAUUCAUUUAAUGUGUUUGUGUGUAGCUAUCUUUGGCUUCUUUGUGUGUUCUUUCUUUCACCCUUUUCCACCUCUUUUUUCUACCCUUUUAGCUCCCUAACACUAGAUAGGUGAUUUAAAAAGAUAGAGUGGAAAGGGGUAACAUAAUACUUAAACUACUUCCUGUUGAUUAGUUGCAUCAAGUUCCUUGGAUCAAGUUUGAUCUUCACAGCCAAAAUAUCUAAUUUUUUCUUUUUUCUUCUUUGUGCAUGACUAGUUAAACAAACCACUACUAAAAUCAACCAACAAACAACCCACACCACCUCUGGGGCCAUAGCAUUGUUAUACCCUAUGAAAAUUCUCCAGAAUGUCAAACAUCACAGAAACUAUCUUCAGGUGGCAGAACCACGCCUCUGCUAGAGCAUGAGGCAAAUCAUAGUCAGGUACUGCAGACUAUCUGAAGCAGCCCUAGAUUCCAACGCCUGGGCAAAAAAUUAAAACAUAAUAUUAUAAUUAUAAUAUAAAAUAUAAUAUAGAACAUAUUACUCUGUGUUUUUUAAAGAAACCAAAAUUCUCACUACCUAUGUGUGUGGCCCAGAGUGUUGAAUAUGUACCAUGUGUAUGCAGAAGCCUAUGGAGGUCAUUGGCAGGAAAUAGGGGUUACUGUCAGUUAUGAGCUUCUUGUAGAUGCUGAGAACCAAGCCUGAGCCCUCGGCAAGCAUAGGAAACCUUCACCUUCUUCAGUCAUCUCUCCAGCCCUAGCUCACCUCUUUUAAACAAUCCAUCUUCUUGGAAACUAACCUUCUUCUGGGACAUUCAAUUAAUCCUUCAAGCUUAGCCAUCAUUAGUUCCCUCAUAGAAUUGUCCUGAUCCAGUCACUCCAACAAGAACCCCACUCUUCAAGGUCUCAAGCCCCCUUACAUACUGUUAAAUGUGGGAGUUUGCCUCCGGAUGAGUCUUCAGCUCACAGCACUCUUUAGAUGCCUCGGGGUCAGCUCAAGCUAGACAAUUUUGCAUGUCACCUGGGAAGCCAUAUUUUACUACUAGCAAAUGAUUUUUUGGCAGAGAUUCUGCUCCAUUACAAGAGAAAUCCAAGGCAGAUUCUUCAGGGAGCAUCAGCAACAACGGAGCUUACAGAUGUCCUUAUCAAUGAAAUUCUCCAUGGAGCUGAUGGCACCACCAUCAAGUGUGGAGUUAUUGGAGAAAUCGGCUGCUCCUGGCCUUUGACUGACAGCGAGAGGAAGGUACUUGAGGCUACAGCUCACACCCAGGCUCAGCUUGGCUGUCCUGUCAUCAUCCAUCCUGGACGGAACCCAGGUGCACCAUUCCAGAUCAUCCGUAUAUUGCAAGAGGCAGGGGCGGACAUCUCUAAAACAGUCAUGUCCCACCUUGACAGGUCUAUAUUUGAUAAGAAGGAGCUGCUGGAGUUUGCUCAACUUGGCUGCUAUUUGGAAUACGAUCUCUUUGGUACGGAGCUCCUUAAUUACCAGUUGAGCCCAGAUAUUGAUAUGCCUGAUGAUAACAAAAGAAUUAGAAGGGUCCAUUUUCUAGUGGAUGAGGGCUAUGAAGAUCGGAUUCUCAUGGCACAUGACAUACACACAAAGCAUCGACUGAUGAAGUAUGGCGGUCAUGGCUACUCACAUAUCCUCACCAACAUCGUCCCUAAGAUGCUCCUUAGAGGUCUGACUGAGAGGGUACUUGAUAAAAUACUCAUAGAAAACCCUAAGCAAUGGCUGACUUUUAAAUAGGAUGGCUGUUCAUAAACCCAGACCUGGAGAAUAAAAUUAGCAGAGAUUAGUAGGUGAUUUCAACUCUGCUGGAGCCAUUAAUCCAAUCUACACAGAACUGGUGACUGGUCACUUCCCUCCUAUGAGAAACUGGAUAACUACCACAGGGAAAUAAAUCUCUGGUAGGGGCUAUUGAGCUUAAUCCCAUUGUCUUUCCUUAACAAAUAAAUAUACAAGAGUGUGUUUCCAAACAAUAGUUUAAAGCUAUAUCCUCUAAGAGUCCUUUUGGAUGUCUUCCCCAACCCUGACUCUAUGAUCUGCACUACUUGAGAAAAAUGAAAAUGUUUAUAGCUAAGUUGCCCCCUUCUGGAGCAAUCUAAUGUUUCUUGUAAUAUUGAUGAUCCUACUAAUUAUCCUGCUGUUCUUUAAUUAAUGCUCAAUGAAUAAUAUGGCAUUUUAAAAUCACUUUUGCAACGAGGGAAGUUAAAUUUUGAGACAUUUUUUUUCCCAAAGGAGACUCCAGUAAAAUUACCAAUUCACAACAAUAAAAAUAUUUUGGAAGGUUAACUAUGUGUUUUCCACAUAUUUAUGUAAACAUAAUAAAUCAAUUUCACUGGC